UCCUGUAAUCUAAUACCUAAUCAAUUCCCUUGCCCAAACCCUCCCUAUUUAUAACACAUCUUUGGAGAAAAUGUUCCAAAUGUAAAUAAUUGUCGUCAAAAAAGAACCCUAUCUAUAAUUCACAGUUAAUCAUGUGAAUUAAAUUUUGAGGUUACGUUGUCACAGCCGGCUUGAACUAUUUUUAUUGUGUAUUUUUGACAGUUGUUGCUUUUUAUCCACUUAAUAGACAAACAAAAAUGUCGCUUUUAGUAUUCCCGGAGAAGCUUACUUCAGUGAAACCCUCAAAGAACGUCCACAAGUGUCAAAUUUGCCCGUACUUCACAACGCUGGUUUUCCGCAUGGCAAACCACGUCAGAAGUCACCACACAGCAUUAAUUCCUUUUAACUGCGAAAAUACCGACGUUGAAAUUUAUUCCUGCUCGGACUGUGAUUACCAGACAGAUCUAACACUGGUUUUUAUACAACACCUGGAAAAGUGUCACAGUCUUAACAAAGCAGUCUGUGAAAACUUGCUAAAUGAAGAGUACGCAGUUAAAAGCUACGUUUGCGAAAAGUGCGACUUUGAAACCCAUUUUCUGAUUAAAUGGUUCCAACAUAGCGCAGACUGUUUGGAAAUUAAAGAAAACCCCGACUUACUGAAUUCCGCUAAAGACUACUUCACACGCUACAAUUGCGGCCAAUGUGGAUACAAAUGCCGGACUAAACACAACUUGAGGACACACAAAGUGUUAAAACACGUAAACGACGAUAAAGUGUUUUGGUACAACUGUGAGCAGUGUUCAUACAAAGCUAAACUUAAAGCAAAUUUAAAAAGGCACGUAAGUUCGCGCCAUUCAAAAGCCGACGACAUUAAAUGGUUCAAAUGCAAAAAAUGUAUGUAUAAAGCUAAAGAUCAGUCUACUUUACAAAAACACACAAUUGCGCGCCAUUUAGACGAACGCGAAAUUAAAUGGUACAAAUGCACCCAAUGCCCAUAUAAAGCUAAACAUAAAGCAAACUUAGCCAGACACGCGAUUGUACGUCACGCACACGAGAACGAUAUUAAGUGGUAUGAAUGUAAAAAGUGCCCCCAUAAAGCUAAAGAUAAAGCAUCUUUGAAAAAACACAUAAUCGCACGCCAUUUGGACGAACAAGACAUUAAAUGGUUCAAAUGUGAAAGUUGUACGUAUAAAGCUAAGAACAGAUCGUCGUUGCAAAAACACUUAACUUCUCGACACUUGAACGAAGAGGAUAUUAAAUGGCACGAAUGUGACAGUUGUCCGUAUAAAGCUAAACUGAAAGAAGCGUUAAGGCAGCACAUAAUAGCUCACCAUUUGGACGAAAAAGAUGUUAAAUGGUACGAGUGUAAGGAGUGUCCAUAUAAAAGCAAAAAAUCCUCGCGAUUAAAAAGUCACAUAAUCGUGCACCAUUUAGACGAGAAAGAUAUUAAAUGGUUUGAGUGCAAAAGUUGUCCGUAUAAAGCUAAAGAUAAGUCGAGUUUGAAAAACCACAUCAACGCGCACCACUUGGCCGAGAACGAUAUCAAAUGGUACGAGUGUGACAAGUGCCCAUUUAAAGCUAAGAAUAGUUCGAAUUUAAGAAAACACAUAAAUGUACGCCACUUGCACGAGUGUAAAAAGUGUCACUAUCAAGCUGACACUAAAGCGCUUUUAAUAAAUCACAUAAACGAGGUUCAUUUUGGUGAACAGGUUAUUAAAUGGUACGCAUGCAAAGAUUGCCCAUAUAAAGCUAAGUAUAAAACGGCGCUGAAUAACCACAUUGCCGUGCGGCAUUUAAGCGAAGACGAAAUUAAAUGGUACGAAUGCACAAUGUGUCCGUAUAAAGCUAAACAAAACGCCCAUUUGAAAAUCCACAUCAAUGCUAGUCAUUUGGAUGAGAAAGAUAUUAAAUGGUAUGAGUGCACGCAGUGUUCAUAUAAAGCUAAACAGAAUUCACAUUUGAAAAGUCAUAUUAAAGUACACCAUUUGGACGAGAAAGAUAUUAAUUGGUAUAGGUGUGAUAAGUGUUCGUAUAAAGCUAAGCAAAGCUCGCAUUUGAAAAGUCACUUUAAGACGCACCAUUUGGAUGAAAAGGAUAUUGAAUGGCAUGAGUGUGCACAGUGUCCAUACAAAGCUAAACAAAAAGUGUCUUUGAGGAAUCACAUCAAUUGCCACCAUGUGAAGGAGGAGGAUAUUAAGUGGUAUAGGUGUGAAAAGUGUACAUAUAAAAGUAAAUUUCAGUCGAAUUUAAAAACUCAUAUUAAUAAGUGUCAUGUGAACGAGCAGGAAUAUAGUAAUUAGUGAAGGAAGUGUCUAGUACGUUUUUAGAAUUUGAAUGUUGUUAUAUUUAUAAUCAGACCUGAUUUUGUACAAAUCACAAUAAAAUGUCUUAAUGCAAGCUUUAGUUUGUUUUUAGUAA